GUAUGUCUGAUGCCUGGGUACGUUUGAUUAUCUGAUUGGUGACCUGCCGCGACUACGUAGCUAACCUACAUAGCUACCUACCGAUUGCGACAAACCCUCCUGCUGCUCUGGCAAUUGCAAACGACAACUUCUUCCUUCUUGAGUGUAUGGCACUCUGAAUAGUGCAAGCGACUCAAUCCGCCGCCGCAACCCAGUGCUCGACAAAGCUUACGGACAGAUUGCUGAUAGCCCACCCGCCCAAUCAAGUUUACGUCACCUAGCCAAGAUGAAUAUCAUCGAAUGGGCAUUCGGCAAGCGCAUGACGCCCGCCGAGCGUCUGCGCAAGAACCAACGCCUCCUGGACAAGGCCAUUCGGGAACUCGAUCAGCAGAGGGUAAAGCUUGAGAAGCAGGAGAAGACACUAGUCACGCAGAUCAAGCAGAGCGCACAGAAGAACCAGAUGGGGGCAUGCAAAAUCCAGGCCAAGGAUCUCGUAAGGACGCGGCGCUAUAUCGAGAAGUUUUACGGAAUGCGCAGCCAAUUGCAGCAAAUAUCCCUACGUCUCCAGACGCAUCGCACCAACGAACAGAUGAUGCAGGCCAUGAAGGGGGCCACUAUGGCGCUGGGAAGCAUGAACCGCACCAUGAAUUUACCUUCUCUGCAGCGUAUCGCGGCCGAGUUUGAGAGAGAAAACGACAUAAUGGAGCAAAGGCAAGAGUUGAUGGACGAUGCCGUUGACGAUGCCAUGGAUGUUGGCGUCGAGGAGGAGGGAGAUGAGCUAGUUGAGCAGGUUCUUGAGGAGAUUGGUGUUGACCUGAAGAACUCGCUUGGAGAGACACCGCAAGGUCUGCAAUCAGAGACGGUUGCAGAGACACGGAUUGCACAAGCGGUCGGUGGCGGUAGUGAUGAUGACCUGCAGGCCAGGCUCGAUAGCCUUAGGCCAAAAUGAGAUACCAGACUCCGAGAGGAGGCGCGUUUUGUCGAUUAUGUAAUCAAAGUUUUUUGCCCUUUUUUGAAAAUGACUACAGCACCUAUGACUGCUAA